GUGGAUGUGAGCAGCAGAGCUGAGUCAGAGCAUCAACAUGGCUUCCACGGGGCUGGUCCUCCUUCAGCUGCUCCUGCUGGUCUCACUGGUGUCGGCGUCUCAUUUCUUCGGGGGAAGCUCGACCUUCACCUACAAAGGCAGAAAUCCUGACGGAACAUUUAGGGUGGUCAUUCGCAACAGGGAAACCUUUGAUAGCUGGGGCUCCCUCUACUGGUCUUGUUACAGCGGAAACUGUGGCUACACCAGUUACAGUAGUCCCAGAACUAUGAUUGACAGUAGCACCAACUCACCACAAUACAACAGACAAUGGUCUGAAUUUGAAACAGUUGAGACGAGGAAUCUCUACAGCGACACACCGUUUGAGAUGGGGGCCGCAAGCUGUUGCUGGGUUUACAACCGGUAUUAUGGAUGGGAUUGGAGACUGAAGACUCUUGUGGAUUUGGGAAUAAGAUCCGAUACUCACCAACCAAACAGAUCUCCAGAGAUCGCCAUUCUUCCUGUCAUGAGAGUUCCUGAGAACUGCCCACGGACUUAUAGGCUGCCGUCCUUUGAUCCUGAUGGUGACAGAGUCCGAUGCAGGUAUGGAACUAUCAGCUAUGUAGAAUGUGCCAGUUGCAUCCAACCCUCAGGCUUCCACCUUGAUCAGGACACUUGCACAUUGCACUACUACUAUAACCGAUGCAAAUCCUGCAGUUAUUGCAUUUGAGUUGGUGGUAGAAGACUACUCGCGAGGACACAUCAAUCUAUUCUACGCAGACGGAUCACAGUCCCACAAGCAUCCACUGCUUGCAAGGAGAAGGAGGCAGUUGCAGCCAACCUCAGCAGGAUCAUUUACACAAACAGCAACUGCAGCCACAACUACAACCAUGACAACUGCACCCUCAAUUGCACCCACAACAAUUGUACCCACAACAACUACAACCACGACAACUGCACCCACAACAGCUGCACACACAACAAUUGUACCCACAACAACUACAACCACGACAACUGCACCCAUAACAACUACAACCCCAUGGUGGUGGACGACUACAACCACUACAACCACAACCACCAGUUCUUACCAAACUACAAGUCCACCAUACGUCAACACUCCUCCUCUCAGCCAACUGCCGCUGGCAGUUCUCUGUGCUUGUGGACCCAGCUGUUCCCUCAUGUCAGGAGGGAAUGUACUUGCCCAUAUUUGUGUCCCCAACACCUGAAAAUGGAGCACACCUCACAGCAGUGGUCAACAAAGAGCUGGAGAUCAGAAUCACAAAGCACAGGCGACACAUUCAGA